AUGAAAGAUUCAUUAUUCGAACGGAAGUAUAACCAUGGUCAUAGACGAGCUUUUUCAAUGCCUAAUGCAAGUGCUGAACGUACUUCAGUGGCUGUUGUUGGAAAUAGUAAUUUGUCUGGAGCCCAGAUGAAGAAAAGAUACUUUGUGCGAUUUCGUCCUUAUGGCCAUAAAAAUAAACGGUUGGAAACUACGAAAACAGUAAAUAAUAUAGCAAAUGGAUCACAAAUAGUAGUACCAAUCACUGAAGAUGAUGACGCUGAUCUUUCGGUAAAAAUUAACGAGGAAGAGUUAGUUUUACCGAGUGAAGAAACAGCUAAACGUAGUGCACGUAUUGCUAUAAGAAGGAUUUGGGAAGCUCGAUGGAAAGUCACAAAUUUCGAACUACUUCCAGAAUGGCUGCAAGAUAAUGAAUAUUUGCGUACUGGGCAUAGGCCACCUUUACCGAGUUUUGGGUCAUGUUUCAAAAGUAUAUUUUCGCUUCAUACUGAAACCGGUAAUAUCUGGACGCAUAUGUAUGGUUGCAUGGCAUUCAUUGGAGCUGCAGCUUGGUUUCUAACGCGUCCAUCAACGCUGAUACAGUUGGAAGAAAAAGUGGUAUUUGGAACAUAUUUUGUUGGUGCAAUAGCUUGUUUAGGAUUAUCGUUUGCUUUUCAUACAGUACAGUGUCAUUCUGUUGAAGUUGGAAAACUUUUCAGCAAAUUAGACUACACAGGUAUCAGCUUAUUAAUCGUUGGUUCUUUCAUCCCUUGGAUUUACUACGGAUUUUAUUGUCGUAUGCUACCUAUGAUUAUUUAUUUAUCUAUGAUUUCUUUUCUUGGGAUUGCCGCUGUAAUUGUGUCUUUAUGGGAUAAAUUUGCACAACCUCGCUACAGGCCUUUGCGAGCUUCCAUAUUUAUAGCAAUGGGUUUAAGUAGUAUUGUACCAGCCUUACACAUAUUAAUAACUGACGGUAUUUCGUAUCUUUUAAACGAGCUUUCGUUACUUUGGCUUAUUUUAAUGGGUGUUUUGUAUAUAUCAGGUGCUGUGUUAUAUGCCACUCGUACUCCUGAAAGGUGCUUUCCAGGAAAAUUUGAUUUAUGGUUACAAUCACAUCAGCUGUUUCAUAUGUUUGUCAUAGCUGCCGCUCUAGUACAUUUUUACGGGAUCAGUAAAACAGCUGUAAGGCAUCUGGAGCAAGGAUCUUGCGCUGAACAAGUCUUGGAACAAUACGGAUAUGAAGAUUCUUGA